AAAAGUCAUAAAUAAUAAAUAUUGAAUACUAUUAAUUAGUUUAUCACCCACAGCGUGAACUGUUGCAAAGCUUCCAAUAACUUUCCUUGAGCAAUACAUCAAAAUAAAAUAAUUAUAUUUGUUCAAAUGGCGUGGAAACGCACUCGUGUAUAAUGUGCUGUUCACAAUAGGUAGUCCACAAUUUAUGUGUUUAAUACGGAAUAUAUAAAUCGAAAUUGCGUGAAAACAUCAUCAGUUAUAUCAAGUGUAUCGUACUAUACAAAUAACAACGGCUAACAACUAUUAUUUACAAGAGUACAAGAUUACUUUUUGCAAGAUCUACUACGAAAAUAGAUCUAAGUCAUUUGACAUUUGUUCAAUCGCUAUAAGCCUAUUCAAAUAUUUAACGACGAGCGCGUAGAAAGCAUUACCUACAGUAAUGUAUUUGAAUUGUAUUAUUUUUUACUCAUACUAUGUUAUUUUAUAAUUGCUUUAAAGUUUAUCAAACGGAGCAGUUUCACCAUCGGGACAGCCACCACCAGUAUCAAAUUGAAGAAAUAACUCGUGUAUUACGAUUUUAGUGAAUUAAUGAACAAUUAGUAAACAAACGAAAUGAAACGGCGAAAAUACAAUCAAACAAUAAUAAUCAAUUUAAUAAAAGUAAAAUAAAAUAGAAUUCUCGGCCAACUUCUUUUCCUACUACUAAAUAAUAUUUUUGUGUCCAAAUAUAUCCGUAGGACUGUGAUUAAUAACUUCAAAACCUUUUCAAAAUCGAUUACUAUUAAUAAGAUGUUAUGUGUUUAUUUCGCUUAUAUUGGAAAUUGUAUUUUUCACUGUUUCGUAUAGUAUUGUAAUAAUAUGUCAUAGCGGUUUUUUUUUUUUUAAUCUACUUUUAUUCUUGAUUCUCAUGGUUAUUUGGUGCCAUACAUACAAAAAAUCCAAAUAUUUUGAGUGUUAAACAACUCAUAAAAUUGUGUUAAAAUCUCCUGAAAAAUAUAAUUUGAUUUGCUGUAAAAGUGUAUCGUACUGUAAUGAUAUGCUCACACAACAUUGUCAAUCAAUGUAUAUUUUAAUCGAGUUUUCACUACCGUCCAACGAUUUCAAGAGGACAGUUAUAUAGUUUAUUUUGUUUUAACCACAAAGUACGGUCUAUAAUGAACCUCCUGUUAAAUUUUAAAAUACGGUAAUUAGAUGUAGGUGAUUAUAUAGGUACAAUAUGUUAGCACAAAUAAAUAUUUGAAAGGCAGAGUUAGUUUAAGAUAGCAAAUUAAUAAUUAAAAUUAUACAUAUAAUAUAGUUAACUAGUGCAGUAAAACUUCCGUUUACGAUCAACUCUAAAAAACUGUUACCUCUGAAUAACGGUGUAUUAUAUAUCGCCUUCCCAUGUUGAAACUGUUUAGAUGUUAAGAAUUCUAACAGUGACAUACAGUACCUAAAUUAAUAGAGAUCUUGGUAUUAUCAUUAUCUAGGUUUUAGUGCUCACUUAGAUACGGUGCUGAACAGAGCACUCAAAGUUCUGAGAUUCAUCAUACGCAAAGCUAAAUUAUUUAAGUCUGUUAGUUGCCUUUGUACUUUAUAUUAUGCCCUUGUUUGUACUCUACUUUAAUAUGGUUACGUGGUUUGGCAACUGCAUUUAGUCAAAGACUAGUAAAAAACGUUUCAAACACGUCCAAAAUAAAUGUUUAAAUUUGAUUACCUUCAAAAUAAAUAUUUACCACGAAACUCAUGUUUACUCCAACAUAAGACAAGUUUCAAACAUACCUACACUUGCUUCUCGUCGCAAUAAAGCAGACUUAGAUUUCUUAUAUUCCGUUCUAAAUGGUUCUCUGGACGUUCCUGAACUCCUUGCCGCUAUUUCGUUUAGAAUUUCUUCUCAUUCUUCCAGAAACUAAUGCCCAUUUUAUGUUCCAAUUCACAAGACUUUUUAUGGGCACGACCAUACUCUGCAUCACAUACUCAGAGCUGCAAAUAACAAUCAGUCUUUAGGACACUAUUUUAUUUUUAUUUAAAUACAUUAAAACUUCCAUACAACGGUCACUGAAAGGAUGUUAAAUAAUGACCGCUAUUUAGAGGUGACCGUUCUUUAGAGGUUUCCUAUAGAGGCAUAACACUUGUGACGGAACCAAAAAAAAUGAUCGUUACACAGAGGUGACCAUUAACGGAAGUUUUACUGUACUAGUUAACUAUAUUAUACGUAUAUUUUUUAAUUAUUAAUUUUCUAUCCUAAACUAAUUCUGUCUUUUACUUAAGUUGAUUUGUCUGUGCAUAUAGGUAGCAGUAGCAUAUAUAGGGGAGGGUUUUGGAGGUUCAAAGCCCCCUCCGAAAUUUAUGGUUGGUACGGCACACGUAUGUAUUUAUAAAUCUUUUUGAUCGAUGUAUUAACUAAAAUCCAAAAGCUUUUUUUAUAACCCCCACCUUCAAAUUAAUUUCUAUUUACGCCACUAUUUGGUAGUAUAAUAUUAUAAUCUAAGUGUAUUUGACAAUGUGUGAAUUUAUUAUACAGCCAUAUAGGUGUAUUAAAUUCACUAAAAAUGUUCAUGACGUGCACAUGGACUUUAUGGACAGUACAAAAAUUGCAUAUAGAAAUAAUAAUCUAAUGAUCUAUUAUUUUUGUAACAAACAUUUCAAGUGAUUUUAUGAUGCAGAAUUUAUUAAAUUUUUUUAAUAUACAAUAACUUUAUAUAUUGUAAUUUGGCGUUUACUGCUGGUCUCUUCAGAUUUCGUGGGGGGAGGGCAGUUUAAGUAUUGCGUUGUCUUAUUUCAGCCUACAAGGCUUUUUGGAAGUUUGGGACUAAGCAUGGAAAUUAUUUUAAACAAUUAAUUAAUACAAAUUACCAUGUAAGUAUUUCAUAUAAAAACUUAAAAAGUGUAAUUUGACUAAAAAUAAACGCAGAGUUUAGAAUAUAAAAAUUGUAUAAUUCGAGACGAAAUCCGAAAAAAAAGAACUUAAAACGGCGUUAUGUUUAGAUAAAAAUAAAUGCACGGUCGAGUAGGAGGACAAAUAUUUACAUAAUAUAAAUAUUACUUAAGUAUUUUAAAAUUAAUUUUUGUUUGUGAACUUAACUCACAUAAUUUACUUUAAACCAAGUUAUUAUUUUCUCCAAAUAACUUCUAUCCAACUUAACUAUAAAUUGUAAAUUUUAAAAUGUACUUUUUAUUUAUCAUAAUUAACUUAAAUUUAAUAAUUCGACAAUUUGAACGACUAGAACAAUUAGCUCUGUUGCCUAGCUUCGAUAAUAAUCGUUAUGUACAGUUGGCCGGUAACAAAUCGGUCGACCGGAGCAGCUGCCACGCGGUCUAGCGGACCAAAGCUCAUCUAUUCGCGGUUGCCUGGUGACGGACACACAAAAACAACGGUGUCGCGAUUCUGAGACAACAGCUGCAGCUGGGAGCCCGUUUCGAUAGUCGUCCAUGAGAAAAGCUCAUGGAAAAUCCGAUCCGUUUGCGCAAGGAACUUAAUCAAAUUACGUCGAGUUGAGUGAUUAUAAUAUAAGGUACCUAUUAUUCAGGCACCUACGCGGACGACUGUACCCGUUUGUAGUUGUCCGUAAGACUGUCCGCCGCAGUGUAGUGGUGCUGAUGUUGGUGGUGGUCUCCGGUCCAUAUUAAUCAUGGGUUCCGCCGAUUUUUCGAGCCUCGAAAACGAACUGAUCGACAACGUGGAAAAAGACGUACGGUAUUGGCAACAGAACGAUGCCAAGCUCAGGGCCGUGAAGAGCGUGUCCACGUACCAAGAGUUUAGGUAAGCAGCUGCAUACGAUUCUGUCGGUCGGUUUUUACCUAUACAAUCAUUUACCCGCCCGGGUUUACAGCGAUAUCGUCAAGGCGGCACACCUGCGCCCGUUGACCAAGAAAGAAAUCGAGGCGAAGGGCCAAGGACCGUCCGCAUCGACGUGGAACAACAUAACUCGCGGCACGGUGCAAGACACGUGCGGCGGUAAACAGAGUGCGGCAGAUUUUGUGAGUAUGCAAACGUAAUCGUUAUAUGUAAACCGAUAUUGUUGUAAACACAAUAACGCAGGGUAAGUUUUUGAGACGUGGCAAAAAGUAUUGAGACUUGACGAGAGAUUCGUGUCAGUAGAGCUUUUAGCGGUGAGAAGUACCUAACCGACUAGGCGGGGACGAAUAUUAAAAACGAUUAUUGGUAAACAGAAUAUUUGACGUGAAACCUACCUACCUACUAAAACAUCAAAUGCAGAAACUUAUGGAAAAAAGUUCGAUAUUUAGAGACAUAUCUAAUAUAACCGAGCGUUUUAAUAACACGAAAAUCGUCAUGUUGUUUUGUAAAAUGCAUCAGACAUGUGUACAGUUUGAAUGAAAUAAUAUUACAUAUUCGUCUAAUUUCAUGUUUAAAAUAUGAGUACUAACAUUUUUAAUAUUUUUUCACCAUUCCAAAACAAUAAACUGUUGUUAAAAUUAAUGUUGAAUCCACCCAAUCUCCUUUAUUUAUAUACCAAACUAAUCAAUAAUUAUCUCUAAUAGUGAAUAAAUAUAUUCAAUAGUAGAUAUUAAAUAGCAAUUUAAAUUUUAAAUUUUCAAAAAAUAAAACUUUAUCUUAUAAUUAGUUAAUUAUUUAACUUGACUAUUUACAUAGUUUGGUUUUCAUUGUAUAAACUUAAAAUUUCAUCAAACUAGACAACAUUUACUACCAGAAACUAUCCAUGAAGUUGAUGAUCAGAGUAAGAUUACAGGUACAAAAAAAUAAAGCAUCAAGUCUAAUAGUCCUACUUAUACAUUCCUCGCUAUGCUUAGAAAUUAAAAUUAUGUGUGUCAUAAUAUGUAACAAUAAUUUCCAUUUAAACUUCUAAUCAUCCAUUAUAAUGAAUUGAAUUAAUUUUCUUUAGGAUUUUUUAAAUUUUAAUUAACAUAAAUAUUGUUAAAUUGUUUUCAUUAAUCAUACCUAUUUGCUUUUGGCAACAGGUUGCAGCCGAUGUGGAUAGCGUUAAGGACCAUAACAUACCAGGUCCAUGCUCACCAAAAGUGCAAGAGUUCAUCAACAGUUUCCGCCGUCUGGUCAAUGCUAAACACAGGUACAAGUAUUUGAGCCUGCACGGAGCCGAACACGUACCCAGUACUUUUCAAAAUGAAGAGAUACCUCCAUCCGUACUUGUUGAACUUCUGGAAACUCUGCUCAUAUUCCCGUCAAACAGUGUCUCUGAUAUUGUUUCUGUUACCAGGCUUUUGGACGUAAUUACCAGCACGAAAAGGUUGGUUUCAAGGUUUCAAAUGUAUAAACAAAACACAACCAAGUUCAUAAUAUUUUUUGUUUGAAUUGGGUUCGAUGAAUUAAAAUUGUAGUUGUCAAUUUUUUGUUUCAAUAUUUUAACACUGGAAAUAUAGGCAAAUAGUUUUUAAUUAUAACAUAUACUUACUUAAAUAAUAAUAAAUACUUCGAGUUUGUUAGCUCAUUAAUAGUAAGCUUGAAAGUUAAUAUUAUUUUUUUUACUGAAAAAAAAAAAAAAUAAAAAAAUUAGCGGGUCUAUAAAAAGAAUUAAUAUUUUUUUUAAAAUUAACAUCAGUCAAUAGUAUUAUUAUAAUCUUUAAUAUUUUAAUUUAAUAAAACCAUAGUAAAGUCUUAAGAUAAAAUUAAUUUAAAUAUGUAUUACCGUUUAUAGGUUCGAAUUGGCCAUCGAAUUUCUCAGUUCAACCGAAUUGGACACAUUGUGCAACUUGUUUGAUAAACUGGAAGAGAGUCUCAAGUCGGGUCAACAAGAUUUGGCUGAACAGGGGGUGACCGAAUGGAGUUUAAGUACUCUGAGAAGAAAAUAUAAUGUCUAAAAGUGAAUAAUGUCUUUGAGUUUUGACCAUUCAAUUUUAAUAGAUAAAACAUUUGCCACCUACAUCCCAUCCUUAUCUACAUAUCACACGUUUGUUCCACGUUGUUAAGUAUAUUAUAAUAUAAUAGUGAGUGUUAAAUAAUGGCUGCUGUGUUCCAAUAUUCAAAAUAUUUGUAUUAUGACGGACUACUCAAUUUUCCACAGUGCACCCAAGGUGUGGCAAUUUUUUUCUAUUUAUUUUAUAAUAUUGUGUUUUUAUUAUAAAAGACUGAAUUAUUCUCCCAAUAUUAUAAUAUUAUUGGAUCUUUGUAUUGUUUUUGCUUUAUACGUUGACACAAAUUAUGUGUAAUUUUUUUUUUAAGUGUUCAUUAUUACAAAAAUACAUUAAUAUUUAAAAUCAAUACUCACUGCAAUGACUACUGUGUUAUAUUUAUUAGAAGUUUAUCUUUUCCUAUAAUUUUAUAAUGUUUUCACAUGCUAUCUUAGUCAACAUUAAAUUUACCACAGUGUCAUAAAAUUCAUUUUACGAUUAGAUCAUAAUUUUAUUCUAAACACAUUCACGUUAUUUAGAUUAUAAAGGAUAAUAUUAGUUAAUGUCACGCAUGUGAUUUUCCAAAGGUUUGGAAUAUUUAAGGAAACAGUAAAAGUAUAUUUUAAUCUAUGAAGUUUUAAUCAUUAUUAUCACUUAGUUAAAAAUUCAGAUGUUGAAGUCAACUUAAAACUAACACUGUUAAGCUGUUUUUAAAAUAAAUUAUGUUUUAAUACUUAGAUCACUAAAACAUAGACUAGUUUCACUAUUAAUAUAAUAUGUUGUUGAUAGAUACAAAAUGUUUUACAAUAAUUCCACUGUGACAUACUAUUGUUAAACUGAAAUUAAUUAAAUUAAUGUUCAUCAAUGUUUAAUUGCAAAAUUUUUAGUAACUCAAUAAUUUCUAUAUAAUUAGAUCUGAGUAAAAUAACUUUGUAAAGAAUAUUAUUUAUGGAUAAAUUAAGAAAUUAAGUCGAGAAAUGGUAAAUGCUAUCCAAUAAAAAUAAUGGCUACAAUGUUAUUUAUAAAGCCAUAUAAUAAAAAAAAUAUAUAUAUAUAUAUAUAAUGUUUUAAAUUAUUAUUAUAAAACAUAACAAAUGAGCAUAAAUAAAGCAAUCAAACUUUUAUGUACAUUAAAAAUGGUGUUAUGGGAAAUUUACUGAGAUCAUUUCAAUUUUAUAGAUAUACAAAUGACAAAUAUGUCAAUUUGUAUCUGAGUUAUAUGGAGAUGCUGUACUAGCACUGCCGCUUGAUGAACUGUCUGCUGGUUUUUGGUCCAAUUCUUUUUGUUUUUCUUCUAAAAUGC